AUGGACAAGCAGCGCCCGGGGGAGCCGCGCUGGGUCCCCAGGCGCGCUGCGCCCCCGCUGCCCGUGCCCGCAGGCGUGCGCCAGGCGCUGUGGCUCACCAAGGCGCAGCUGGUGCCGGGGCUGCCCGCCCGCGUGCUGCGCAUCGCCGAGGAGCCGGCCAACCUGCUCGACGACCAGGACGAGAGGGCGCAGCGCGCCGUGUCCCGCGCGCGCUUCUGGGACACCACCGAGGUGGCUCCCAAGAGGGAGAGCUACUGCCCCGUGCUCUUUGAAGAGUUGCUGCAUUUAUGUCGGAUAAUGACGAUGAAGCAUCCUUCUCUGGCUAAGAGGAUGUUGACCAGAGACUACAGGAUAGCAGCUACGUGGGAAAGAGAAUCAUUUCUCCUUCAGGUCCGUGGCCUGAACGGGAUCCUCCUCAACUCCAUGGCCCCAAUACCUCCAGUAGCCUCCAAGGAGGAGGUAGCAGCCACUGCAGAACACGCUCUGGAGACCUUCUAUCCCAUCUUGCCCACGAUUGAUCUUCAGGAGGUGACUGUGUACAAGGAGCUCAAUGAUACGGGUUUUAGGGCUGGUUAUCCAUACUGUCAUCCUCACACACUGUACUUCUUGGAGUCAGCCAACAUUCGCACCAACAGGUUCAGACCAGAGCAACUUCGGGCCAAGAUGAUGAUGUUUGCGUUUGGCAACGCGCUGGCGAAGGCCAAGAUGCUCUACGGGAACGAUCCCAAGGUUUUGGAGCAGCCAAUAGUGGUGCAAAGCGUUGGCACGGACGGCGAGGUUUUCCAGUUUAUGGUGUUCCAGCUAAAUACAACAGACUUGGUCUCCAGUGAUGGCAUUAAGAAUCUCGUCUGGAUUGACUCUGAUCAGCCGCUGUAUGAAAAAGCCCAGUGUGUCCCAGAAAUCAAGAAGAGAGUUGUUACGAAGCCUGCUGGAAUAUAUGGCUUCCAGCCAGACACAUUCAAGAAGUUUCUGGCACUGUAUUUGCACGGAACUGUGUGAAAUUCCACUCGAAUGAAAGACUGUACCUGCUGCUUCUCUUUGCCAGAACACCACAUACCUAAAGAAAGGUGGAUUCAUUUACUUUCCAAAAUAAAUUAUGUUGUUACUCAAAGUAAAUUUUUUAAAAAU